CCCUCUCAGCUCUUCUCAGACUCGAGCGAGCUGGCCAUUUUCUCCAGCGACGAUGACCCAGCUGUUGAGAAUUACACCCAGGGCCGCCGCAAGAAGCAGUACGUCGGGCCCUGGGACAGGCAGCGACCAGUAGAAGACCACGAAGAUGAUCACCUCCCCGGGCCUGCUGCUCAGAAGCGCAAGUUUCAGCGCCAGCACGACAGCGGCGUCUAUCUGGGCAGCGACGACAAGUCCUCGUGUGAUGGCAUCCCGAGCGAGCCUCCUCCCCCUCCUGCGGAGCCCUUCUCGCUCUCGCAGGCCUACCAGGUCCCGCGCUCCUCCCAGGCUGCUGGCAUCUCGCCCGCCGAGGCCGAGGCCCGGAGGAGGAUCCUGUACCGUAUGGAACAAGGGGAUGAGUGGAUCGACUUAUCGGCCAUUGGGCUGGAGCAGAUCUCAGACGACACCAUUUCCGUCCUGUCUGAGUUUGAGCGUAUCCCCAUCGUCGCCAAGGGCGUACCAUUUUCGCAUUCGCCUCCACAGCUCAAGCUGUUUCUCUUCCACAACAGCCUGACCCGGCUCCCCAGGGCCGUCUUUGACCUGGACCGCAUGACCGUCCUGAGCCUGCGCGGCAACCAGCUGACUGAGAUCCCGCCGUGCAUCCUCAGGCUCAAGAACCUCAAGGAGCUGAACGUGUCGCAGAACCGCCUGCGGCAUCUGCCCUUUGAGCUUCUGGAGCUCAUUUACGACACGCGCAGCCAGCUGGACUGCCUGAGUGUGUUUCCAAAUCCUUUCUAUCAGCCGCACACUACCGACCAGAAGCCCGCCUGGGAGAGCGGCGCCCACCCUCCGCACAUGCAUGAUAGAGGCAACUGGUGGUUGUUCAAGCCCGAUCAUGCCAGCGGCUACUAUGCACGUCAAUGGGCGCGCACGCCGGUGCAGUGCACUGACACACAGGGCAGGGUGUACUCAGACUUUCGGAUCGACGAGGGCGCCACACACCUGGCCACAGAACCCCUCGGCUCGGCCCCGUCAUCUCCCCGCAAGCACCCGAACCCGGGGAGCGGGCUCAAUCAUACAAGGGUGUUCUCGCUCAUGGAGCUUGCCCUGCAGACCUGUGUGCGCAACACCCCUCCGAGCGGCUGGGGCGAGUACCUGGACCAGAAGAGGUUCCCCAGGCUGGUCAACGUCCUGGAGGAUACCACCUCCAAGUACAAGACGGGGGAGAGACCCUGUACGGUCUGCGGCCGAUCUGUUCUCAGGCCGGCCGCGCAGUGGAUGGAGUGGUGGGAGAUAUGGUUCUACACGCCCCCGGUGCAUGAUGAGGGGAUGGUCGCGAAUCUCCAGCCGCUGCAGGGCCGGCUGGAGUUGGAGCCGGGCCAGAGACUGGUUUCGUUCCUCAGGCAGGCGUGCUCGUGGAAUUGU